AUGCAUGACGUCGGCUAUUCCAGCGGGGGUAAAUACAUUAUCGAGGAAUCUUCAUACUCGUUCAUGUACUCUUCCAGGGUUAUCGAGCGAGUUUCAGACAUCGCAACGGCUCUGGAAAUUUCGCCAGCCGGCACUAUCCUUGAAGGAUCUCUUGACCAUUCAGGUGGUGGGACGUUCAUCGACGAAGAAAAGUUUAUGGCGGCGGAUGUCAAUCUUCUUGUCUCUGUCAGACUCAUGACUCGAACUUACAUAUCUUCAGAGCCUGAUGAUUUUCAAGGGGUUGAUGGAUUUGAUCCCGGAUUAAACGAAUUUCAUGACUCUUUUGGGGACUCUUACAUCUCUGGAUGUAUCCAAGGUGGCUGUUUUACCAGUAUUAUUUCAAUCCGCUGUCUAGAUAAAAACGACAAAGACAGAGUUAUACGGGCUAUCGGAGAGAUUGCACAGACCAAUAACAACCCUGGUGAUCUGAGCGAGACACUCAGCUCUGCGUCCAAGCGCCUUUGCGACAACAGCACUUUUGAAAACACAGAGAUUUCUAUCUCAGACAUCCAUGCUGUGUAUGAAGUAGCUGCUAAAUUCCCAGGCCAAGUUGCCGUUCAUCCACAAUACACCUGGGCGAUCCUGACCAAACACAAUGCAUCCCGAACCUGGAACGAGCGUAUCCGGUUACACAAGGCUCCAGGUAUGAAGUUCCUAGACUCCAGUCCUGUCAUGCGCUAUACGGCAACCCUUUUUGAUGACUUUAUGAAGUACAAGAGUCUUAUCGGAAAUGUUCGAGAUAUGCUUUCCAACAAGACCAAUACAGUGGGUCCAACAGUCGACAGCUUUACCAAAACAACGAAGAACGAACUAGUUCAGAACAUCAUCGGCGAAGCUCUCUUGCCAUCGCCCACGUUCAAAGAUAUCUUGCGCCUCAAUGGAGCUGAGUCCUUUCGCACAACCAGCGGUCAUUCAUCAGAUGUGUCUACCACAGGCUUUCAGGAUAUCCGAGCCACAGUCACGAGCGAUGUAGACUCUGCGACUCAUAACGAGAUCUACCAGGAGGAAAACGGAUAG